ACACACCAUAGCUACGUCUUAUGUACAUGGUGUAUUGAUACACGAAUAUACAAUGUGAUUAAGCAGAUAGGAACCAGCCAAGACUACGUACGCGGAUAUUUUAUUUCAAAACUUGUGUGUGGAAUAUUGGAAAUCAGCCUAUCUGUUCAGAAACGUACGUUGUCAUAUUAAUGCAAAAAAUACAUGACUCAGUUUAUUUUGGUAUGUUAUAAACAAUACAGUUUGACAUAAUAUAUCCAGCAGCGGCUGUGUUUCACUGUGGGCUUUCCCAUCUGCUAACAUGUUGCUCGUUACUCAGUAUCCGAAGUCCUGCUAUAUUAGCUGAACUGUUUGAGCACGUUAACUUGACGCAAUGGACAGCCCCGAGUUGGAGACGCCCAUGGAAGGGCCUAACGGAACCAUCCCUCUGCUUGCGCCCGGCAAACCCGAACAACAUGACGUCAGAGUCUCUGCGGAAUCAUCAGACGCGGAGCAGGAGAUGUUGAUCCAUGCGAAGCACGAGCGACUGCCGAUGAAGGAUUUCGGGGCGGAAGUGCGGGCGCUUCGUGACGUGGAGAACUUUCUAGACCGGACGAUGCUCAUUCUGAACAUGGCGCACGUAAACCUUGACAAGAUCCUACAAGACAUGGUCGCCAAGGUCAGGGACGCAGCCGCCGACGAGAUCGUCAGUACCCAAGAGGCUUUGGAUGCCAUAUACAGCCAACAAUCAGUUCAGGUUUUGUCUAAAACCAUCCACGGAGUGACUAGCGAUGACUCGGGCACCACAUUUGACCAGUCCUGGUUGUGUGCACUGUGCGAGUUGCCGACGGUGUACCGGCGUCACGUGGUGAUAGCACGACUCGUGCGGCCAGCAAACCUCGGUGCCACUAGUCAGGAUGUACGACUCGUGGUCCUCGUGGUAGCCCCGACCAAGGAGAAACACACGAAGACGGCAUUGGAGACGGGACGAACGUUCGGCACGCUGCUGUCGGACAGCGAGUUCCGGUUGGGGCUGCACGAAGCGGACACGGAGGAGGAUUUCCGGUCUCUCCUCCACCAGCGAACCAAGGACCUCAUCAAGGAACAGAGCGUCCCCGAGAACCGGAAGUCGCACCAGCAACUAAACUCCGACCCCUUUCAGGACAGCGAGGAGGAGAAAGGUCGAUGCCCUCUAGGCCGCGGGAUGAUGCAGGACGUAAAGCGGCGGUUGCCUCACUAUUGGUCUGACUACCUGGACGGGAUCCGCGGGCCACGAACCCUCCAGAAGGUCACCGCCACCAUCCUCUUCCUGUACUUUGCCUGCGUCCUCCCAAACAUAGCAUUCGGCAUGCUCAACGACAACAAUACGAACGGUGUGAAGAAGAUCCUGUUCUCCCAGUGUUUCGGCGGGUUGGUUUUCGCCCUGGUCGGUGGCCAGCCGCUCAUCGUCCUACUUACCACCGCUCCUCUGGCUCUCUACACCAAAAUCAUCUACAGCGUGUGUGAGGACUUUGAUCUGGAUUUCCCGGCCAUGUUCGCAUGUGUGGGCCUAUGGAACGCCGCGUUUCUUGUCCUGUACUCCGUCACCAACCUGAGCAAACUCAUGAAGUUCUCCACCAGAUCUACUGAGGAGAUAUUCUCACUGUUCAUCACAUUUGCUUUCUCCGCGGACGCCAUCAAGGACACUAUCAAAGAUUUUAACAAGAACUACUAUAACCCUGCAUGCGCCUCGAAUGCCCCCGCUACUAACCUAUCCCUCACUAACGCGAGCGUCCCCGUGACAGACCCCGCCCACGAGUGUCUCCGGGAAAACAGCGUUCUCUUCCUCCUUCUCAUGCUUGGCACAGUCUGGGUCGGCCUGACGCUUUUCAACUUUACUAAAACGCCGUUCCUGACGGCGGGCAAGCGGGAGAUGCUGGCGGACUACGCACUUCCGGCAGCUGUCCUCAUCAUGUCAUUCUUCGGCUCGUACGUCUUCAGGCACGUCGAACUGGCGCCGUUCAAAUAUGAGGCGGACGUAGAGCUGUUUCGGGUGGCUCCUUUGGGCCGCCUCCCAUGGCCAGCCGUUGUGGCGGCGGCCGGCCUAGGCUUUAGCCUUUCUUUCCUCUUCUUCAUGGACCAGAACAUUUCCAGCGCCCUUGUCAACACACCCUCCAACAAAUUGAAGAAGGGCCCGGCGUACCACUGGGACCUGUUCACUGUGGCGUUAAUAAACGGAUUCCUGUCAGUGUUUACAUUGCCUUGGGUACACGCCGCCUUGCCACACUCCCCGCUCCACGUGAAGGCGCUCGCCGACCUCGAGGACCGCGUUGACCAGGGACACAUACAUCAGGUCGUGGUUCGUGUACGGGAGACGCGGUUGACGGGGAUUGUGUCGCACGUCAUGAUUGGCUUGUCUAUGCUGCUGUUGCCCCGCCCUCUUUCCUACAUUCCCGCCCCCGUGCUAGACGGCCUCUUCCUGUAUGUCGCCCUCACAGCACUCUUCGGCAACCAGCUCUUCGACCGUAUUUGCCUCUUCUUCACGGAACAGUCGGCGUACCCACCAAACCACUACAUCCGGCGGGUCCCCCAGCGUCAGGUGCACGCGUUCACGGGAUUCCAGCUCGCCCAGCUGCUCGUGCUCUGUGUGUUCGGUUUCUCGCCGAUACCCUACAUGAAGAUGGUAUUUCCCAUCCUCCUCAUGUGUCUCAUGCCCAUCAGACACAAACUUGUAACCCGACUGAUUGCACCCCGGUAUCUCGAGGCGCUUGAUGGACACUAAACGGAAGUACACGGCGCCAGGAGGAGUUCAUGUUGUUGUUUUUUGUUUUAUUUAGUUUAUUCAUUUUAUAUUUUCAGUUCAUUAAGCAUGUAAAAAGAGUGAGCUCCGGGGUAAUAUCAUAUUAAUUUGUAGAAGUUUAUAUUGUGUAUGUUUUAUUGUGUUAUACAAACUGUUUACUUGUAUAUAUGAUCUUUCAUGAUUUGUUCAUAUUACCCAAGUCAACCAUUUAUAUUAAUUGUAAGCUCAUAUUGUAUGUAACAUUUUGAAUAUCAAUUCAAAAUUUUCAUAAAAGCAAUACAAUACACAUGCAUGCGAUGAAAUAAGUAUUAUAUGUAUAUGCCACUCAAAGGUUGAGUUAUGGGAGACGGUUUGUACUGUAUAUUCACUUGCAUGACGUUAAGAAUAAUGUACGUUUUAAAUGACUUGUAUUAUUUAUCUUUCAUACUUUUGGACAAAAAUAAAUAUUUUGAU